AUGCCUUUUACGCACUACCGCGCGCUAAAAGCGAUGCCGACGAUGACGCUCGCGUUGUUGUUCCUUUUCGCGACGUGUUCCUUUCUCUCCCUCUUUUUGGUCGAGAGCGUGGACGCACGAACGGAUGAAUCCUUCUUGAAAAUCAAAACCGAUGACGACUUUUCCACGAGGGAAGGUGCCUUGAAGCUGACGAAAGCGGGACACGUGAACGAGUAUCGCGUGCUCCGUGGACACGACAAAAAGCAAAAAAUUAUCUCGACUACGCCAGAUGCGUACGUCUCCUCGGAAGAUCUUCCGGAAUCUUUCACCUGGUCGAACGUUUCCGGACACAACUUUCUCAGCAAGAGCUUGAACCAACACAUACCGCAGUAUUGCGGGUCGUGUUGGGCGCACGGCGCGAUGUCGGCGCUCGCGGAUAGGAUCCAAAUCGCGAGCGGGAAGAAACGAAUGCAAGACGUGAACUUGGCGAUUCAGUUUAUUCUGAAUUGUGGGACGGAAGUUGCCGGCUCGUGCCACGGAGGCUCGCAUACCGGCGCGUAUCAGUUUGUACACGACGUCGGCUUUGUGCCGUACGAUACGUGUUUGAGUUACGAGGCGUGCUCGAACGAAUCGAUCGAAGGCUCGUGCGGGUACGUGACGGAUAGAUACAAGUGCAACGCGAUUAACACGUGCCGGACGUGCUCGACUUUUUCGCAGUUGGGUGGUUUUUGCGCGCCGUUGGCGACGUUUCCAAACGCGACGGUCAAAGAAUACGGGACGAUUUCGGGGGAAGAGGCGAUUAUGAAGGAACUCUACGCGCGAGGCCCCGUGGCGGCUGGUAUUGAUGCCGACGGUUUACGUUCUUAUACUAAAGGUAUUUAUACCGACACCCCGUCUUAUGAAAUCAAUCACAUCGUCAGCAUCGUCGGUUGGGGCGUAGAGAAGAAAACAAACACGAAGUAUUGGAUCGUUCGAAACAGUUGGGGCCAAUAUUGGGGCGAGAUGGGCUUUUUCCGCAUCGUCCGCGGAAAGAAAAGUUUAGGCAUCGAAGACGAAGUCGCGUGGGCAACUCCUGGAAGAUGGACUGGGAUGAAACACGACGAUUUUGCGAACUUCCCGUGCUUCGAAGACGGCGCCAAUUGUCAGGAGGAAGAUUUCUUGCCGGACGUGAAAGAUAUGGCGGCGGAAUACGUCGACCCGAGCGUGAAAGGGAUUCCGUUCGGGAAGGUACACUCCGACGAAAAACAAAAGGAGAAACAAUAA